AUGGCAUAUUAUGAAUGGACGUUGUCUGUAGAUUCUGAAACAUCUAACCACGGAGAUUUAUUGUAUACUUGGGAAGAAAUUAUCGAUCCUGUAAAUGUAGAUGGAAAGUUAUCCCACCAUGUCCUACUGCAAAGUAAACUGGUCUUCACAGAGUGUAUACAGUUGGCUAUACGUGGAAACAACAAAGCUGGCUUAUACUCUACAGUUUACAAGGAAAUAUACGACUGUGAAUCGAUUUAUCCACAGUACAUUACUCCAAAUACAGUCAUUGAUGCCGUUGGCGACAGGAAUGAUGAGGGCGAUGUGGAUGAUAUCUACUUUGCUGUCAAUGAUGAAUGGAAUGAAAUGGAUGCUGAAUACACGUUAUCGAAACAUAAAUUGUCUGCUGUUUGGCCAACUCUAAGACAAUAUAAGUAUCUUUGGAAGGUUGUUGCGGAUGAGUCUAUUGAUAGGUGGGCGUAUGCUGAACCCAGCACAGAAUUAAACUAUGGAACCUACUCCUGUGGAUCCGUCGAAGUUCUGUCUUGUGGUUUUACUAAGGAAAACUUCGUUAACAUCGACAAUCUAGAUCUUGAGUAUGGUAGGAGAUAUUACAUAUGUUUAUAUGCAAAUGAGACGCAUAUAGAAAAGGAAGACACAUUGCAGAUACUCCCCAUGGUAUCUGAAUGUUCUGAUGGUAUAACCGUUGACUGGACGCCACCUGAGGCCGGCACGGUUUGGAUUAACAGAGUAGGACACCACUAUCAGACAUCAACAUCACACAUGUACAUCAAUUGGAUAGGGUUUACUGAUAUCGAAGAGUCAAGAGCUCAGAUGUCACAUGAUUCAGGAAUUCAAAGAUAUGAAUAUGCACUAGGAUCAUUUCUCGGAGGUAUGGACGUUCAAGACUUUACUGAUGUUGGAGUUACAAAUUGGGCUAUUGCCCAUAGUUUACAACUACGAGACGGGUACACCUAUUAUGCCACGCUUAAAGCAAUUGACUUUGUUGGUCUGUCCGUCAAAUCAAUUUCAUCAGGAGUCACCAUUGACACGUCAUUGCCGUUGAAAACCAAUGUAAAGAUUGACGUUGGUGGCUCAUAUCACCAUUCCACAACAAGCCUCAGUGCAUCCUGGGAAAUGUUGUUCUAUGAUGAAGAAAGUCUAACAAUCGAUACAAGUCCACCAGAACCAGGCAUUGUAUAUGAUGGUGAGAGAAACAGCACGGUCAAGGAUUCCGAUUACCAGUUUGAUACAUCAAAUAUAAAUGCCUACUGGGAAGGAUUCAUGGAUCCUCAUUCGGGAAUUGUUGAUUAUAUUUGGAAGAUAGGUACGUGUCGUGGAUGUGAUGAUGUGAUGGAAGAACAACACGUUGGACUGGUUACAGCUUCUUUUAAUAAACGUUAUGAGGUGUACCCUACCUGUGAGGACUGGUAUGGAGCCGUUUCAAUGUGCAACAAUUUUGGGGGACGGCUUGCCAGAAUCGUCGACAGCGACACACAGGAACGAGUGACGUCACUAAUUAGAGAGCAGGGACUGGGUUACCAGGAUUUUUGGUUUGACCUACACGACAUGCAUACCGAAAAUAAUUGGAUUUCAAGUAGCGGAGAUGUGCAGGAAUACUUCAACUGGGCAGAUGCAGAACCAAACAAUGGUGGAAACAGUGGUCAGACUUGUGGUGGAAGGCAGGAUUGUGCCCAACUAUGGUCUCAACGUGAUUACCAAUGGGAUGAUACUAUGUGCUGCGAAGAACAGGGGUUUAUUUGCGAGUUUGAUAUAGUCACAACAACUACUCAAGGGUCGACAGAAACUCAUAAGAAACAACAACCAACUAUAUCGGAUAUAACGAAAAGGAAAAUAUCACAUUCUACCGAACCUAUUACAUCGGUUAUUCCCCAAUCUCCCACAAUUGAACAGAGUACUCUCUCUAGUAUCAGUGACAUAUGUGCAACUGUGACUGGGCUGGCGAACAACCACGCUCCGAAAGCUGAAAAAAUCAUAAACACCGAACCGUCAACAAUGACGUCGUCAGCUAAAGACAACCCUGUGACGAUAAUUUUGCUGGUUAUAUCCAUCAUUAACUUUGUCAUUUUGAUGUGUAGUGCAAUUUUCAUUUAUCUGUUCGUAUGGAGAAAAAUGAAACAGGGGAUGAUCCAGGCUCCAUCAUAUAAAGACCUUGUGAAGCAACAAAAUGAAUCCUACACCAACUUUGAAUAAAUACUUUUUCAUUUUCCGUGUAUUCUAAUAUAUGAAAAAACGUUGUUGAUAGGCAAGUCACGGUUUCCCGCGUUUUAUGCUGACUUUAUGAUAUGGUAGGGUCCACAUGUUGUCUCAUCAAGUAGAAAUUAAACACAUGCAUUUCCAUUAUUCUACCGAUAAAAUAAAUCUAUUGCGCCUAAUGUAGAAAAAAACGUAUGACGUGGGUGCCAUAUAAUAAAAACUAUAUUUGUAAUCAAACCAUCUAUCGAUAUUACCAGUAUAAUUAAUAUGAGCAGCUACGAGUGUAGUUGAAUUAAG